AUGAGUAACGGGAAUAUCAACAGUGGCAAUCAGUGGGGUCAUUUGAACCCAGAAGUGCAAAUUGUUCAAAAGAGAAAAAAAGACAACCGCCUCGGUCUUCUGGAAACAAAAUCGUCUUCCUCAGAAGAUGAAGACUCCGAUCAGGAAAUCAAAGACAGUGGGAUGCAAUCAAAAAUGCUCAAUUUCAUGAAAGAGCUUCAAAAAGCCGAGGAAGAGAAAGAUAAACGCGAGGAGGAAAAGGCCCGAAGAAAAGAAGAACGAGAAAAGGCGAAAAUUGAACCGAAUCGAUGGGGGCCGUGGAUUGAAUUCUUUGACGAGAGUACCCAGCAUCCGUAUUUUUACAACGAGAAAACUAAAGAAACUGUAUGGGAGCUCUCACAGGAAACGAAAGAGAUUUAUAUAAGAGAAAAGGAAGAAAAAUUGAAGAAGAUCGAAAAGGAAAAUCAGAAAAAGAUUGAAAAAGAAGAGAAUAAGAGGGAAGAAUCGAGAACGUCAAAAAGCCGUUCCCGGUCACGAUCGCGUUCUCACUCAAGAACCAGAUCACCAGCUCGCCGAACUCGAUCUCGAUCAAAGUCACCUUCUCAAGAAAGGAAACGCGCGAAAAAAAGAAGCCCGAGCCCAUCAAAACUCCGCAAACUUGAAAAGAGAACCCUACCUAACGAAAAUUUCAGAAUCCACGAAAAUUCUUCGCUGAAGGAGGAUUUGGAGGCACGAACGAAAAUCGCAAUCGACAAGCUCAAAUAUUUCAAGUUUGACAACCAAAAGAACCUUCACUCACUUCAACUUGCUUUUAUCCAGCUUCAAGCUCGACUAGAGGAUUUUGAGGCUGGAAAACUAGAUGCUUUUUAUUUUCAAAAGAAAGUCAAAGAGCAUGAGAAUGCAAUUUCCCGUUUCGAAGAGACCGCCGCGCCAAGUGGUCACUCUCUUCUCUGGGAUACGACUGACCAAACUUAUGGCUACGUUAACAAUUUUUCUGGGGAGGUGACAUUUUCCUACCCGUCUUUAAAACCGUCUGAAAAAACGUCUGGAACACCCACGCGCGUUUACAAGUCGUCGAAAAGCUCCAAAUCUGACAGCACCCCUUGGAAAUAUGGCGAAGAUGGGUCCGUUAGCGGAGUCCUUGGUGGUGGAAAGAAGCGAACCCCCCUCGAGGCUUAUCAGAAAAGCCAGACAGACAUCUUGAAAGACCAGGUUUACGCGGAGAAAGCUCAGCGUCUUCGGGCAGACGAGGAGGUUAAAAGCACAAGGCCAAAACAAAAUGAAAUGAACGACAGACGCCUCGCGAGACUUGGCAUCAAAAUCGACGCGUCACCAGAAAAGAAGUCCGAAGAUGUUAUUUUCACGCCGAAAUUUAAUGAAAAGACAAGAGAGAAUAAAAAGGUUGUUUCAGAAAAGUUAUCCAAGGUAGCUGGGGAUGAAAAAGAAGAUAAAGGAAACUGCUCCGAUGAUGCAAUGUUGAUCAGCGACGAAGAAGAGGUUCAACCGCAGGAAAAACGCAAGAAACGUAGAAAGAAAGAAAAGACCGUAAAAUCGAAGCCUUCGGACUCGAAGAAACAAAAUCACUUGUUGGACAAGUGGCGGCAGCGCAAAGAAGAGGAACAAACAAAUCUCUGGGAUCAGCUCGGAAUUUAA